AUGGCACAUUAUAACCAACACCAUCACGGCCAGCCUCAUCACGGCCAGCCUCAUCAUGGCCAACCGCAUCACGGUCAACAAUAUCACGGCCAACAGCAUCACGGCCAACAGCAUCAAGCAUGGAGCCACAAUAAUGCGCAUGGCAGAGCAUUCCAGCAUAAUGGAGCCGUGAACGGAAAUGUCCACCACGAACACGGAUAUCGUAACGAACACAAUGGUAACAUCAAUAACGAUUACGGUCAAAGCAAUGGCGCGCGUAACCAAGAGCUCGUGCGGGCUGUCGCGAACGGUGAUGCACGAGAAGUAAGGAUUCUUUGUGACUGUGGUGCUAACCCCAAUUUUUCAUUCCCCGGGCGGCCUCCGCUGCUUCUCUUGGCAGUGGAAAGGGGCCAUUCAUCGACAGCCAUGGAGUUAAUGGAAGGGGGUGCCAGCUCUCACCUUAAUGAUAACGGGCUGGGCCAGCCAAUACUUCACCUCGCAGUUGAGAGGUGUAAUGAAAAGGUUGUUCGUUACUUGCUCGAACAGAACGACCACAAACCUAAUGUUCUCAACGCCAAGGGGCAAACUCCGCUGCAUAUUGCGGCUGCCGGCAACCGCACAGACUCAGCCAAGGCACUCUUGGAAAACAACGCAAACGUCAACCCGUCGAAGUUUCACGUCAGCCCUCUCUGCAUCGCAAUUGAGAAAGGGAACUUUGAUACAAUUUCGCUGCUUCUCAAAAAAGGAGCCCAUGUCCAUGCUCAAUAUCCGGAUGGCACUUCUCCGAUAUUUAAAGCGGCCAUCAACAAACCCCGAGCAAUCGAAUUGUUGAUCCAAUAUGGGGCGAACGUUAAUGCUCUGACUCGGUCUGGGUUCACGCCCUUGGCUUGGGCAAUACAGCACGGGGAAGGCCGUAACGCCGAAUCGGUUCAGCUAUUACUUGAAAAGGGGGCGGUCAUGCCUCAAGGCCGACAGACAGCGCUAGACUUCGCUAGACGUCACAAUUUUCAGAGAAUUGAAUACGUUGUCCAGAGGUACGAACAACGACAGGCCCCAGCCCCAAGGCCGCCCCAACAUGAAGUUGCCAGGAUCAACAAGAGGCCUUUAUACUAG